AUGUGGGACACCUUGCUUAUUCCCAAGGCCGAUCGCAAGAAGAUCCACGAGUACCUCUUCCGCGAAGGUGUGCUCGUGGCCAAGAAGGACUACAACCUCCCCAAGCAUGGCGACAUUGACACCAAGAACCUCUUUGUCAUCAAGGCUUGCCAGUCCCUCACCUCCCGUGGAUACCUCAAGACGCAGUUCUCCUGGCAAUACUAUUACUACACUUUGACUCCCGAGGGUCUGGACUACUUGCGCGAAUGGCUUCACCUGCCCGCUGAGAUCGUCCCCGCGACACACAUCAAGCAGCAGCGCAGCCAUGCUCCUCCACGUGGUAUGAUGGGUGGUGAUGACCGUGAGCGCCGUGGCGGCGGCCGUGGUGGACCCCGUGGUGAUCGUGAGGGUGGAUAUCGUCGUCGUGAGGACCGUGGUGAGGGUAAAGAGGGUGGUGCUCCUGGCGAGUUUGCGCCUACCUUCCGUGGUGGCUUUGGACGUGGCCGUGGAGCCCCCCCUGCGGCCUCUUAG